AUGGCUCCGAGGGCUGCCGUCGCUGCCCUUCGCGCCACUAGCCAUGGGACCGGUCUAGAUUGGGCCGCCACCACCUCAACUCUUCAUUUCACCGCACCCUCGACGCCGUCGACGGCUCCAACUGCCGGAAAAGCUCGGAAACCCAGCUGGUUUUUCCCAAGAUUCAAACCUCUCAAUCUCUCUUCUCCAGCCACCAAUUCCAGCAAUCAAGGUUGCGGCUUGGAUAGAAGCGGUAUCUCCGAGACUUGCGAGGAUUAUGGCCCGGCUUGCGAAGAUGGAAUUGACGGUAUUAAUGGAGUUGACGGAUCAAGAUUAGAGUUACGCCUAGGUGGAGAGAAUUUCAGUUCUGAGAUAUUCUUAAACUAA